AUGACUUCCUCGGAACGAGACAGUUCCUACGACGGGGAUUUCCAAUUGAGACAUCCUUACGCUGCUUCUUCAGACCCUAAUCUUCGAGCUCUUGUUCCAAUGUGGGACAGCUCCGACCCCGAACGCUGUCCUCCUCCACUGCCGCUCAACCCGGGAUCACCAUUGACCUCGAGAGCCGGCACCUCGAGCGCUAUUGCUUCUGCCCACGCCGCGCUUAACGAGCGAGCGCAGCAGAACGCCAUGGUUCCCGCAAAGAGAACAGAAUCCCCCACAAAGGGUCACCGCAGACUGCAGUCCACAGUUCGCGAUAUCAGCUUGAUGAUCGAGGGUGCUAGCGGCCAAAGCUCGCCAUCGCGCUCACCAGAACGUCAACAGCGUCCGGAGACGCCCUCCAAGUCUCGCGAGCCCGAUUGGAGACCAUGCGACAAGGACUCUGGAGUGUCAUGCACGACACCAUCAGUUAUACCAGGUCCUAGUUUGACUCCCAUAUUGCGACCAUCAGCGGUUCGCCGACCUCCACCUCAGAGCAUUCUUGGCGAAAACACACCGCCACAAUCAUCAACUAUGCUUGCUCUUCAGCAUAUGAGCUCAACACCCGCCAAAGAAACAGAGAAUCCUCUUUCUGACAUCACAAAUGGCGCGUCAAACCUGCCCAGAGGACCCCAGCACCUGGAGGCGCUGUCCGACCAAAUCCUUAGCUUGACUAGCAUUGCUACAAGCCUUCAGAAGGAAAUGUCUCAGCUGAGCCGACGCAGCAGGGACAAUGCCACUGACCUCCUCAGCCUCAAGGAGGCUACAAAUUCAAGAGACGAGGACAUUCGAAGAAGUCUAAGAGAGCUCUUGGGAAGCAAUGGCAAUGCUGGUGACGGCCAAAACAGACUCCCUCCAGCUCGCGACCCCUUUGGAGGGUAUUUCCUAGACAACAAGCCACACAAUCUCUCUCCACCUAGCACUAGGGGCUUCCAUCUCCCUAGAAUUCCUUCCCCCAAGAGCUUUGGCGACUCAAUUGAGCGAGGGUCCAUCAGCACACCUUCUCUUGCCGGCUCUGAGGCACCCCCCUCCGUCCUUCUUCUCGAAAGGAUUAUUCGGGAAAUGGGCACGAAGGAGGGGCAAGAGUCUCUUCUCAGCCGGUUACAGGAGGUAUCAGAGAAGCUCUCUGGUAUGGCCACAUCUCACAAGCUUGACGAAAUCAUUGAACAAGUCCGAGCCCAGUCCGAGCAAGCCAUCAUCUUGGGCAACUCUCUCGGAAGCCCAGAUGCGAGCAGGUCUCGCAACCUUAGUUUCGAAUCAGACAUGAUGCCUAGUCAAGCAAGGAGUGCUGUUUCUCAGCACGUUGAACGCAUCAUGAAGAACGAGGCCCGCAGGAACUCUGAACCCGCAGCUAGAGGUGCCGAGAUUCUCAACGAUGAUCUCAUGAAUAUCAUCCGGUCUGUCAAAGACAGCGUCGCCCAAGGCGGUGGACUCACUGCUGAGGUCAAGGCUCUUGUUCGUGAGCUCCGCGGUGAGGUCUUGGGCAUGGGCCGCGAGAUUGGCCGGCGCCUCGAGCAACAAGCAUCUCGAAGAGGAUCAGAAGAUCAUGAUACCCCCAGCAAAGAUGAAGUCGCUCGCGUCAUUGAUGAAGGACUCGAGCAGAUGAAGGAUCAACUGAAUCACGUUCUUCGUGAGCACAGACGGCAAUCGGCUGCUUCCGUCAACACCCAAAAGAGCGCUGUUGACUACCAAGAGAUCUACAACGCCAUGCGAGCUGCUAUCCAGGACAAUGAGUCUACCAAGAGCAACUUGCCUGACUUGAGUCGAGAAGACGUUAUCGAAGCUGUCAGGGAUGCUUGGGAGAACUAUAAGCCUGAGAUCGAAGUCCAACAGCUGGGCCUUGAGCGUGACGAGGUCUUGGCUUGCCUGAAGCAAGGUCUGCAGGAGUAUGCUCCUCGUGAUGACAACCCACCCGCCGCCACAAGGGAUGAAGUCCUCACCGCCGUGGUUGAAGGCCUACAGCACUACGUACCCCCUCAAGUUGACCAGCCAGCCACACUUUCCAGGGAUGAAAUCAUCGACGCAGUUCGCGAUUGUCUCGAAGAGUUUGAGUUCCCUGUGGCACCUGGAGCUGGAAACGACCUGACUCAUGAGGAUAUGGUGCAUGCCGUUAGGGAGGGGCUCCAGGACCUCGAUGCUCACUCUAGCCGUGCUUUGGUGCCUGCAUCCACUAACAACGAUGACAUUGGCGACCGUCUCCGGGAAAUCAUGGAGUACUUACGACAUGAGUUCAAGUCACUCUCUGAGGAGGCCAAGGAGAAUGUUGCUGCUAAUGGUCGUGAGACCGAGCAGGCCCUCGAUGCUACCAAGGAUGGCAUUGAAAACCUCCGAAAAGCUAUGGAGAGCUAUGUUGACCGCGCGACUGGCGCUGCUGGCCAGGAGGAGUUCAUGGAUGAUCUUCUGAAGUCUCUGGAAGACUUCAAGGAUGAGAUGGCGGGUAUCGUCUCAACGACAAACCAGGAAUCUCGCGAGCAACUUCAGACUGAACUCGAGGGUCUAAGAGAAAUCGUCAACUCCUCCAUGGUCCCUGCUCUUCCACCUCAGUUCAACAAUACUGAGGUUUUGGAGGCCUUGAACACUGGGUUUAACAACUUGCGCACAGAGGUUCUCCGACCUCGCGCCGAGACCAGUGAGAUCCUUGACGCCUUGAACGAUGGUCUCAAUGACCUCCGCGCUGGCAUGGACCGGGUGACCAACAAGCCUACCGACUUGACCGCGAAUGAUGAGAUCCUCGAGGCACUUAGGACCGGCCUUGAUUCCGUGCGUGCCGACAUUGAAUCCAUCCGCGAUAGCAGUAACGACCGCGCUGUGGCGACACUAGAGUCCACGCCUCCUGCGAGCGACGAGCUCUUGGAAGCCCUCAAGUCAGGUCUUAGUGGCGUGCGUGCAGACAUCGAGGCACUACGUGACAGUCAGACUGAAAAGGCGGUUGCCGUUGUCGAGCCAAAGGAGAAUGAUGAGGUCCUCGAGGCUCUGAAGAAUGGUCUUGAUGCCCUCCGCGUUGAUAUCGAGGCUAUUCGUGAGAACACCGCCGAGAAGGCUGUGGUUCCUGUUGAGAACACCUCCAACGACGACGUGAUUGAGGCUCUGAAGAAUGGACUCGAUUCUCUUCGCGUUGAUAUCGAGGCUGUCCGUGACAGCAGCGAGAAAGCCAUUGCUCCAGUUGACAACUCCUCCAGCAACGAGUUCAUCGAGGCCUUAAAGACCGGUCUCGAAUCGCUCAGAAUUGAUAUCGAGGCGGCUCAUGAUACUAGCGACCGGGCUGCUCCUGAUGAGAACACCUCUAACGACGAAGUCAUUGUCACCCUCAAGAAUGGCCUUGAUUCUUUACAUGCUGAGAUCGCAGCCCUUGCUAGCAAGGAGGAGAAGGACGAUGAGCAAAUCGAGAAUACCUCGAAUGACGAGGUUAUUGUCACACUCAAGAAUGGUCUUGACUCUCUCCACACUGAGAUCGAAGCAAUUGCUACCGCUCAAAAGGCUGCUGCUCCAUCCGAGGGCACAACUAACGACGAAGUUAUCGAAGCCUUGAAGAACGGUCUUGACUCUCUUCGCACAGAUAUUGAGGCUCUUCAGGAAAGCAACCAGAAAGCUCUAGCCCCGGUUGCUGAUGUCAAGCCCAACGAUGAAGUUCUCGAAGCUCUUAAAUCUGGACUGGAGUCUAUCCAUACAGAUAUUGAAACCCUUCGCGAAACCAACAGUGAGCGAGCUAUUGCUCCUGUUGACUCAGCUUCGGACGAGAAGAUCCUUGAAGCUCUCAAGACAGGCCUUGAAUCCGUUCGUUCCGACAUUGAGACUCUCCGAGACAGCAACAAUGAGCGCGCUCUUGCAGCAGUGUCAACGGAAAAGUCAGAAGAAACUGAACCUGCUGAGACGAUCAAGCCUGAUGAUAUCAAGAACCUCGAGAUCUUGAUUGCUGGACUCGCUAUCAAGAUUGACUCUGUCAAGGCUGAGAACGAGGGAGUUCAAAAGGACGACCUUUCUCGCAUGGAAGAGCUGCUCAAGACCGUCCAGGACAGCGUGGAUGAAAUCGCUUCGCGAGAGACCCUUCUGACACGAUCAGUCUCAGUAAAGAAGAAGAAGGAAGAUGGAGAAGAAAAGACCGAGCGUGCAGUUGAAGGCGAAGGCGACGAACCUGCGUCAAAGGACGAUAUGCUGGCGAUCGAGACCAUUCUUCGAAACACCAAGGGCAAACUUGAUGACCUCAUUGAAGGCGAACAGGCUGUUCGCAAGGAUCACGUCGACAAUUUGGAGGCCCUCCUUCUUGAGACCAGAGAGACUAUGGGGACUUUCACGACUCAAUUGGAGACUGUAUCGCGCAAGGAAGAAAUCACUGCCUUGGAAACGCUCCUUACACAGGUCUCAACUAGCUUAGAUGAGAUCAAGGAGAGUCCCGACAAGGUCUCCAAGUCGGAUGUUGAGACUGUGGAAGCCUUGACCCUUGAGAUCAAGACAACCCUCGAAGCCUUCACCAGCACCGACUUGGCACUACUUGCUCGCAAGGAAGAUGUUUCCAAUUUGGAAACUAUUGUUGUCAAGAAAGAAGACCUCACUGGCCUCGAAACCGUUGUCAAGGAAUUCCAGGAGAAGCUGGAUACCACCGUCGAUGCUCAAACCAAGGCCAUCGCCAUUCGCGAUGAGGAGAGCACUUCGGUGGGAGAGCGGGUCAACGAGGUCAAGACCUUCCUUGAAGAGUUCCAGGGUGCUAUCAACACCAAGCUCGAAGAGGGCACAACUGGCGUCGAGAGCGUCAGCAAGCUCUUGGAGACCAUGGGUGAGAAGAUCAACAAGAACGAGAACGUUCAUCAGGAUCUCAAGGACAUGCUUGAUACUAUCAAGGCUGAGUUCGAGGACUCGAAGGCCGUCGUCUCUGGAGUUCAGGUCGAGUCCAAUGAGAAGCUUCAAGAAGCUACUACAUCCCUGGGCACCAAGAUCGAAGAGAAGAUUGGUGAACUUGUCGCCAAGUACGAGACCUUGCAGACUACCCUAGAUGAUAGAAGCAAGGUCAGCGAGGCUCGUGAUGAGACUAUCGAGGCAGCUGUGGUUGGUUCCAAGACUGUCACUGAUGAACUCAAGCUUCUCAUCGACACUCUGGGUUCUACUGUAACCGACUCCCUCGAGAAGAUGGAGGAGGCUUCCAAGACCGUUUUCACCAAGGUGGAGGAGCUCGUCACUCGCACUGAAGAGACUCACAUUGAAGACAAGGCCGAGCACCAGCAGACCCGUGACCAGAUCACAGAGGCAUUAACAGCUGUGGAAGUAUUGAAGGGAGAGGUUGGCGAGUCCCACCCCCAGAUCAUCGAAUCUGUCAAGGAUCUUCUUCUUCUCGUUGGUGAACAUUACGAGCAUGCCAAGACUUCAACGACAGAGAUCCAGGACAAGAUUGUCGAGCACAAGUCCCCUGAGGAGCUCAUGACCCUUCUCACUCUUCUCACCGACGACAAGUACAACAACACCCAGGUUCAUGAGAAGCUCGAUAAGCUUAUUGAGCAGAUCUACAACGAUGCUGAGGUCAAGGAACGUCUCGAUAAGAUUAUCGAAGAGAAGUAUGACGAUGCCCAGGUUCGCGAGAAGCUGGAUAAGAUCAUUGAGGAGAAGUACGACGACGCUCCCGUCCAUGAAAAGCUCGCUACCAUUAUCGAAUCGAAGUACGACGACUCAGAGGUCCGUGAAAAGCUCACUACCAUAAUUGAAUCCAAGUAUGACGACGCCGAGGUGCGGUCCAAGCUUGACAAGAUUAUCGAGGAGAAGUACGAUGACGCUCUUGUCCACGAAAAGCUUACCACGAUCAUUGAGUCCAAGUACGACGAUGCCGAGGUGCGAGCCAAGCUCGACAAGAUUAUUGAGGAGAAGUAUGAUGAUGUUGAGGUGCGAGCCAAGCUUGAUAAGAUCAUCGAGGAGAAGUACGAUGAUGCCGAGGUCAAGGAACUCCUGGCUACGAUUGCCGGGCACAAGUACGACGAUACUCCUGUGCGCGAGAAGCUUGAUUUGAUCAUGGACUCCAAGUACGAUGAUACUGUUGUUCGUGAGAAGCUUGACUUGAUUACGGAUUCCAGGUAUGACGAUGCAGUUGUGCAAGAGAAACUCGACAAACUCGUCGGUCACACUGCUGUCGCCGAUCAAGCCUUCAAUCGCCUUGACACCCUUGACAAGGUUCAUGCCUCGGUUCUCCAAACAGCAGCCGAUAUCUCAUCGUUCCUCAACAGCCAGAAGAGGCGCAUUGAGCAGGCUCAUGAAGACCAUAACAAGCAUCUUCAAGAGACCAUGGCUUCUGUAGAGCGCAAGCUUGCCGAGAAGGACCACGUUGAGACUGCGGUUUUGAGCCUCCGAGAUGAGGAGCUGAGACUGCGACAAAGCGUCAUGACCUUGAGAUCGGAGCAGGAGAAUCUCAUCCGUCAGAAGACUCGUUUGACUGGCGAUGUAUCUUCUCUCGAGACUGCUCUCAGCAUGCGCAAGGAGGAGCUCUACGAUAUGGAGUCCCGUGCCGAGAGCCUGGAGCGCCGCAUCCUCGAAGGCGUCAUGGAUCACUCUCGCGUUCUUCUUAUGGGCAAGGGCAGCAAGAACGGUGGCGACGCUAUGAGCCGCAAACGUGUCAAGAAGCCUUCAGCUGAGGAGUCUCAACAAGGUACCCCUGGUCGCAAGUCUAUGGUGAACAUGGCAAUCAACGCCAAGCGCAACCUGGCAGCUCCCUCUCCUGGCCGCAGAAUCGCUUCAUUGAGUCAGAUCAAUAACAACAUAGCUACCGGUGGCGUCAAGCGUAGCCAGAGUGUGCGAACACCCGUUGGCGGCGGCAAAGUCUACCGCAAAGGAAGCUGGGGUGGCAAUCUCGACAAGGCCUUUGCGGAGAAUGACAAGGAGAACUGUGUCAACGAGACUGUCGAAGAGGUCGACGAGGCAGAUAUCAAGUCGACACCGACGGCAGAGACGAUAGAGGUCCCUGCAGAAGAGGACACGGCUGUUGAAACCGCUGACGAUGGCGGCGCUGGUGGUGACAGUGACAACGAGACUCUAAGAAGAAGCAGCAGAGGCACUGUCGUCACAAAUAGCACCGACAUGUACACCGAUGGUGAUGAGUACAGCGACAACAGCUACACCGAGAGCGAGUGGACAGAGAGCAACGCUGGUACCGACGCCCCACAAGGAAACGAGGUGGUGGCAUAUGGGAAUUAA